GCUAUUGGAAUAUGAGUGAUACGCGUGAACAGAUUUUGGAGCAAAUUAAAUUACAAGGCGAUCUCGUGCGUCAGCUGAAAGCAUCGAAGGAGUCUAAAGAGAAGCGCUUGCCGGGAGGCAUUGAGCAGUAUAAGGAUCAACGAGCACAACAAGGAGAAGGGCCACAAAAUGCCGGAAACAUUGCCAGCUACGGCAACGGUGACCGCCAGCAGCAUAGAUUGCACGGUUGCGGUGCUUAAGGUGCCAUCGCCGACGAUGCAACUGCCGCAGGCGUGCAAUCUGCAGAGUUUGGGCCUCAUCAUGGAGCCCAACAACAUUAAUAUCGAGCUUAAUCCCGCGGCAACAACCUCAGCUGGCUUUAAGAUGAUGACUAUGGAUAUAACUAAAACUGAACCCGGACUUGUCGGGCUUACAUCCAAUCAACAGCAGCAGCAGCAGCAACAACAACAGCAGCAGCAGCAGCAGCAAUCGGCCGGCAACAUGAACAACAACGGGCAGAACAACAACAAUGGGCAAAACAAUAACAACAAUGGUCUAAGCAAUGGCAAUGUUGUUGUCAACAAUAACAACAACAACAACAAUACCAACAACAACAAUAACAACAACAGCAAUGUGCAGAGCAUCGCUGCGGCGGCGAACAACAACAACAACAACAACAAUGGCAGCCAACUGUGCGCCGGCUGUGGCAAGCACAUCCAAGACCGUUAUUUGUUGCGCGCCCUCGACAUGCUGUGGCACGAGGAUUGCCUCAAAUGCGGCUGCUGUGAUUGUCGCCUCGGCGAAGUCGGCUCCACGCUCUACACCAAGGGCAAUCUAAUGCUCUGCAAACGCGACUACUUGAGAUUAUUUGGCAACACGGGCUACUGUGCCGCAUGCAGCAAAGUCAUUCCAGCCUUCGAGAUGGUGAUGCGAGCCCGCACCAAUGUCUAUCAUCUGGAGUGCUUUGCGUGCCAGCAAUGCAAUCAUAGAUUCUGCGUUGGCGAUCGCUUCUAUCUGUGUGAGAACAAGAUACUCUGCGAAUACGAUUACGAGGAGCGUCUGGUGUUCGCCUCCAUGGCCAAUCAUCCGAUGCUCAAGCGUCACGUCUCCUCCCUGGGCCAAGGCUCGCCCACCGGAGCAGCGGGCGCGCAAGGAGCUGCCGGCGGUCUGCUGGGCGGCGGUCCCGGGGGCGGCGGUGGCGCUGUCAAUGGCGGAGGCGGUGGUGGCAUGGUGAAUGGUCCGCGCACUCCGGGCGAUCACAACAACAACAACGGGCCACAGACACCGACUGGCGGCGGCGGCGGAGGCGGCGUUGGAUCACCGUUUGCAGCUGCCGCAGCGGCUGCAGCUGCCGCCGCGCAUAUGAAGAAUCAACUGGGGGCGUCCAGCUAA